AUUUCUAAUACUAUUAUAAGUCGUAAUAAUACUAGUAUUGACAUAUAGAAAAAUAUAGACAGUAGCUAUAUGAAUUUAAAAAACGCAUAUAAGUGUAUUACUGAAGUUGUUGUAUACUUCACUCAUUUAGUUAUAGGGCUGUAAUGGAGACGAAAUCUGGAAAAUACAUGCAGCCUCUUCUCCUUACCGUCACAUGCGAUGGGCUUAAAGAUGAAGAUAAAAUUCAGGAACAGCAAUAUUUUUGUGAAGAAUGGUGGGCCGUGUGGUUGUCUAUAAUGGAGAAGGUGCCUGCGAAAAAAGCUUCAACUUGCUGAAGAAGUCAUUGGAAAACUGUUUAUGUCCAGAAGCUCAUCCAGUUAGCUGCAUCACACCUGAAGAUAUCAAGAAAGGUGGUUUGAGUCAUGACUGUGCUGCUGUGGUAUUUGGUGGUGGUUAUGACAAAGGCUUCAUCCAUGCCCUUGGAUCUGAAGGAAUACAAGAAAUCCGUAGCUUUGUGUUGGGUGGUGGAAAGUACUUUGGAUUUUGUGCAGGAGGCUAUUUUGGCUGUGACUACAUUGAAUUUGACAAGGGAGGUCCCCUGGAGGUCUGUGGGAAAAGAGAUCUUUGUUUUUAUCCAGGAAAGUGCAUUGGCCCUGUGGUUCCUCAUUUUGAGUAUGACACACACAGAGGGGCUGAUGCUGUGCCUAUCAGAGUCCAUGAUAUUCCACAACUCACCAGUGGUUUUACAUGCAAGUUGUAUGUUAAUGGUGGAGGAAAGUUCAUGCCCUAUCAUGAUUCGUCUGGAUGCAAAAUAGACAUUAUUGCAUCCUAUUGCAAUUUACCAAACCAGCCAGCAGCGAUUAUAAAAUCAGAGAUUGGUGCAAAAGGUGGCCGUGCAAUUUUGACUGGCUGUCACCCUGAGUUUUGUGCGUUUGAACUUGAUUCUUCUGACUCUUAUUUACAGAGGAUUUUGGAUGACUUAAAACAAAAUGAAACAUCUCGAAAAUUAGUUUUCCGAGUCUUGCUGAAGCUGGCCAGUUUAAAAUUAAGGAGCAGCCAUUUAUAACCAGUUCCAAUAACAAAGAUAUAAACACAGAAGCAAAGUAUCUUACUUUACUUUUCAGUAUGCUGGAUUAUUUAGUGUGUUUGCAUAUCUCUUCCUGGGUAGAGGGUUGUUAUUACAGAUUGUACGCAAUGUUUUGAAGCAUAAAUACUUUUAGUUUGUUAUAAAACAAAAUACUGAAGAAUCAGGAUGAGUUUUUUGUUCUAGGAAAUUUGUGGAACAUUUUUUAAAUUUUAAAUUGUGACAUCAAAUGUAAUUUUGUCAUUUCAAUCUUCUUUUACCCAUAUUGAAGGAAAGAAAUGAAUUUUGAUUGAAUUAUGUUUAUCAGUUCAUGAAAUACAUUUAUUAGUUUCCAUAUGUGCCCAUGAUGACUAGCAGAAUGAAAAUGUGGAAUUUGCUUAUUAGAAUUUCGGCAGAGUUGUGGAUAUUAUUUUAAAGGAACGAAUCAGCUAAUGUUGACGGACUGAGUGUGUACUGAUGGCCCUGUUCAAGACAAUUUUUCAACCAUGCCGCCAAGACAGUGCCUUAGUGAAAUUGACCCAGAGCAAGUGGUUGGGUGGCUCCAGGAGGGCGUAAGGUUAUGAGACUUUGGUUGCUUAUUUAGUUUCCCACAGUUUUAGUUUGGUGUGUUUGUUAGGUUUAAUCACCAUUAUGUAUGUGAUUAUACAUCCGCUGGAAUUAAACCUCUCGAAGACCUAAAAAAUUGUUUUAAUCGGGGUGUACUAAACAUUCAUAUUAGUAAAAGUUUUUUCAGAAAAUAAAACAAUCUGAAACAAUCAACUAGGAGUCAAAUCUUCCUUUUAAUUGUUCUAACAAAGCGUUACGCGAUUCAAUCAUGUUUUGUAAUUAUAAUAAAGAGACAUGUAUUCUUCA